GUUCGUAAAUCAGCUGAUUGGCUGUUUUGCAUUGGGUUGAAUAGAAAACACGUGAGGAAAGAAACUGCUCGGACAUAAUAACAAGUGCUGUUUUUCGUGUUAGCAAUGGCACAAGAUCAAAUACCACCCCCGAAUUUACUCAGACAAACCUUUGGAUUCAUUGGGGGUGGAAAUAUGGCACGUGCCAUAGGCGCAACACUAAUUGAAAGAGGAAUUUUCCAAGCCGAUCAUAUUUGGGUGUCUUCUCGCACUGAGGAAACCCUCGAGUUCUGGAAGAAAUUGGGUGUACAUACCACCCUGAAUAAUUCAGAAGUUAUUUUGAAUUGUAAAACCAUUAUUUUGGCGGUGAAACCGCAAUUUUUAGACACUGCUCUGGCGUCUUUACACGUUUUACGCUCCAGGGAAGAUCUUCCCAACAAACUGUUUGUUUCCGUAAUAGUGGGAAUACCCAUUGACUCAUUGACUGAGAAAUUGAAGCAGGUUCUUCCUCCCAAGAAUAUCUUUCGAGUUAUUCGAACGCUGCCAAACACUCCCUUGGCUGUUGGUGAAGGUAUCACAGUUUACUGUUGCCCACCGGGGCAGGAUAAUUCCCAAGAAUGUCAUCUUGUAGAAGCCAUUUUCUCCAGGAUUGGUAUUGUAGAAAAAAUCGAUGAAAAGAUGAUGAAUGCUGUGAGUGCUUUAUCCGGAUCCGGACCAGCUUAUGCAUACCUCAUGACAGAAGCAUUAGCCGAUGGAGCUGUGAAAAAUGGAGUUCCUCGUGCUCUAGCCACUAAACUAGCAGCACAGAUGCUGAUCGGUGCUGGGAAAAUGGUUUUGCAAACAGGAAAACAUCCAGGACAACUCAAGGACGAGGUUUGCUCCCCUGGGGGAACGACUAUCGCUGGAGUUCAUGCACUGGAAACUGGUGGGGUCAGGGUUUCACUUAUGAAUGCUAUUGACGCAGCAGUUCAACGAGCCAGAGAACUAUUACCUUAAAUAUUUUAACAUUCCAUUUUUUUGUUCAUUUUUUUUCAUUCAAUAUGCAUUCGUGGUUUAAAGGAGAAAUUAUUUUAUAUUUUUUAAAGGAAAGUAUUAUUUCAUUAGCGUUAUUUACAUUUUUAUAAGAAGAGAACUUGAAUUAUUAAAAGAUAGAAAACAAUAACACCUUCUAGAUUUUAAUGUUUAUAACUUGGAUUAUUUAAUAAUUCACCUCAAUCUAGACUCAUUAAAUUGUAACAAUU